UGAACCCAGUAUGGCGUUUAAAGCAACGAGCCGGUGGCAUGACUGAAACUGGGUACAGUUCGUGAAGUUGCGACAGGUCAUUGAUUUGUAGCAAUUAUAGAGUAACAUUGCUGCAAAAGUGAUAUCUAUACCUACAUUGUAGCCCACAUAUAAACGACACGGAAGAGGAGCUUUUACCGCUGUUGACCGUGCAAUGGUGAUUUCUGACUGGUAGACGUACCCUAUCGCUUAAUUAAUUGCAAAUAUUUCUAACAAACUGCACAAGUGUAUUUGGCCUUUUUCCUCAAGUCCAUCAGGCUGAUUGAAUUUGCCAUGCCUCUCUACCUGUCGAACGAUGACUUCUGCUACAGGACCCCAAAAUCACUGAAACCACUACGACCCUGUCUGAACCCUUGCCUGAGGUUCAAAUCCUCUGCUCCUCCUAAGCAGAUUAAAUCAGAGAGCGCUAUUCAUGAGGAGAAUGGGAAACCCAAAAGGCGAGUGUCCUUUGCCGACCACAAUGGCCUGGCCCUCACCAAGGUGAAGGUUUAUUCCUUGUUCGACAAUGCCAUUGACAUUCCACUCAACAUCACAGAUCUGUUCAGCGCUGCGCUCAAAUUAACAGAUGAGGACAGACUGGUGCUGGAUUUCACCCAGCCCUCUUCUGACUACCUGCUCUUCCGCCAGCGUUUGGAGACCGAGCUUGUCUGCUUGGAAAAUUGCAUGUUGAAAAAGAGGGCACUGGCUGGAACUGUGAAGGUAAAAAACCUGUCCUUCGAGAAGUCUCUAAAGGUGCGUUUGACCUUUGACACCUGGAAAAGCUACACCGACUUGGAGUGCCAUUAUGUCAAGGACACAUACACGGACUCGGACCGUGAUACCUUCUCCUUCGAGGUUUCCCUUCCAGCUGCACUGAUACCACACGAGAAGGUAGAGUUUGCCAUCUGCUAUAAAGUCAAUGGCCAGACAUACUGGGACAGCAACCAGGGCCAGAACUACAGGAUUAUCCGGCCUGCUCUGAAGAGUGAUGGCCAGGGUAGCUUCAGCAGUACCCAGCAGAUGCACUCCUUUUAUUUGGGAAUUCACUUCGAUCACUACGGUAGUCCCAGGUGCUCCCAUGGGAUCUGCCCAGAGUGUCCAAGAUAUUCAGGAUAUGAGGAGAUUCAACCUUACUACUGAAAAAAAAAGUGAUUCUUAAAGGAAAACUUCAGGAUUUUGGCAAGAAGAGUCGUAUUAACUCGUAGAUACCAUUUGUCUCUGCGUGCAGUUUGAAGGAAGUUGCUAGCUAGCGCAAUUGCUAACUAGUGUUAGCCCAAUGACUGGAAGUCUUAUGUGUAUCUGCUAGCAGAUACUCAUAGACUUUGUCACUGUGCAAAAGCUAGUUAGCAUUGGCUCGCAAAACUACCUCUAACUUCCUUCAUACUGGACACAGACAUAAAAAUGGCUCUGGGGAAGUAGACAAUGGGCCUCAUUGCCAAAAUCCCAAAGUAUCCUUUUAAAGUGUGUUUUUGUUCAAAGGGCUGUUCCAGAUCAGUUGUGAAAAUGUUUCAUUUCUUUUAAAAUUCACUCAACAGGAGGCCAGUCUUGCCAUGCUUGGUGGAACAAAAGCAAUAAGAAAAAGAAAGGGGGUGUUAUAAGGAUAUUAAGGUUUUUGGAUGGGGGCUAUAUACUCUGUGGAUGAUCAUAUUUUCAAUGCUUAGAUGGGACAUUUUACAGAUUGCAUGACCGGUUUAAUAAACAGACAUUUCUCAGUGUAGGUCUUUACUGGACCAUCUACCUUUUGUAACUGAUCUAUGUGUUGAGAUGAGCCAUUGUUGACUCAACAGGAAAAUUACACUAACUGGUAACACUAAUUAAUAUAAUAUCAAUGUAGCCUAUUGAAUAUGAAAUAUAUUUUUUAUCACAAAAAAAGAAACAAAACAAGAGAUUAUACAUAACUGUCAUGAAAGAGAAAAGAGCUAUGGCUGAUCUAGUUCAAAAAACAACUACUUGUAUAGCUUUUCACUUAUGAUGAUCACUUAUGAUGAUCCUCUUCAAGGAAUACCUAGGAUAGGAUAAGUUAUCCUUCUCACCCCCCCCCCCCCUUAAAUGAUUUAGAUGCACUAUUGUAAAGUGGCUGUUCCACUGGAUGUCAGAAGGUGAAUUCACCAAUUUGUAAGUCGCUCUGGAUAAGAGCGUCUGCUAAAUGACUUAAAUGUAAAUGUAAUGUAAAUGUCUGAAUAAUUGGAAGAACAGUGUUUCUAAUUAUGGAUGCCAAAUUCAGUGAUUUUAAAUAAUCUAUUUGGAAACCAAAUGUCCAUGUCCUCUCAGGUCACAUUUCUUGAGUUCUUUAAUUUGAUGUCUGUUAAGUAAUAGACCUCAGAAUUGAAAUGGGCCCUUCAAGUCACUUCAGGAUUUGCACCAUACGUUUGUACAAAGUUCAUUCUGGUGUGGUUGUGUGUUAUUAAUUCCUUCCAUUUUUAAAGGAGGGAAUGGUAGGAAUUAAUUUGGGACUCAACUUAAGAAAUGCACAUUUGUCUGCUCAUGUUUUCAUUUACUCCAAUUGAAAUGUUUUACUGUGUUCACUAUGCUGCUUGAUAUAAAUGUCAUUGGAUAUGUUUUUAAAACCAAGUAUUAGGAUGGAUUUUGUAGGUCCAGAUAUUUUAUCUUUUUAAGAUGCUGUAUUAUAUUGAUUUUGAAAAUGUUAAAUAAAU